AUGAGGACGUGUCUUGUCGUGUCAGUGAUUCUGUUGGUGCUCUGCACCCCGACGCUGCAGUCGGACCCGUUUGACGGCCAGCCACAGUCCAGUCGUCUGAACGAGGCCCUGGGUGAUGUGGUCCCUCCCCUGGAAUCAGCCCGGGACCCCGCGCGGCGAGAACCAACUCCGGGCUCCUCCGCGGCCUCCUCGGCCGACUUCGGCGAACACGCCAACCUGAAGUGGGUCCCCUGGAACGGCUCCCUGCCCAACGGGGCGGUGGCCAUCUUCAACGGCUACGCCCAGCGCACCGACUACGUGUGCAAGGUGAGGUGCGAGGCGGGCUUCUUCACCCGCGACACCUGCCGCUACCCGUACGCCGACAAGGAGUACGUGUCGGACGUCUUCGACCUGCUGGUCAACGUGGACCAGUUCGAGUUCCUGGAGUGGGCGGAGGACUCCUACGGGUCGGUGCCCAGUCUUGCCGUCAGGACGUGCCAAGGAGUUGACAUCUUCGUGGGCAAGAACCAAUAUGGACUCGGCAAGGUGGUGAGCCAGCACGAGGCUUUCUUCCUUCCCUGGGAGGGUGACGAGUACUGGUACAAGAACUACCAGGUUCUACGGCUCAACCCCGACGUGUACAGCCAGCACAUCUCGCAUGUGGAGUACGCCGUGGACCAAAUGGAGCUCUUUCACCACCCGCCCGAAACCCUGCAGCAGGCCAAAGUCACUAACCUGGAGUGCCACGCUGUGCGCAAGACGGUUACACUGGAAAAGACCAGCACCAGCGAGAAGACCUGGGACACCGGACGGGAGACCCGCAACGGCUCGGUGUCCACCAUGAAGGCCAAGGUGCCCAUCCUGGGGCCAGGGAACGUGGACUUCACCAAAGAGCAGACCGUCACCUUCUCCGAGGGGACCAGCCUGCUGGAGGCAGUGAGCCACUCGGUCAGCGUGGAGCUCCUGGUGCCGCCCAACUUUUCUUGCGCCGUCAGGAUGGACGGACGCAAGAUGAGCGCCGACAUCCCCUUCAAGGCCCGUCUGAGUCGCACCAACCACAACGGGGACACGCACUGGACCUCCAUCACGGGAACCUACGAUGGCGUCAGCGUUGGCGAGAUUAACGCCGUGGUGGAACGUUGCCAGCCCGUAGCCGACUCCGUCCCGUGCCAGCCCGACCAAGACUGAAGAAAUACGACCUGUUGUCUCUUGAAAAUGAGAAGAAAUAAAACUUUGUCAUGAAAAAUGUCACGCGUCUUCCUGUGUUUGGCUGUGCUUGUUGUUCUUGUCUGUGUUUCCUCAGUUUCCGUGGUGAGCUCACAUUUGGGGAUGGUUUGGUUCACUGUGGGCUCCCUCUAGUGGUAUGCGAAGUAAUCACUCUCUGAGAGGAGCUGUUUGUAUUUAACUUUUUUUUUUUUUUUUUUUUUGCACAUUUGCAUUUCAUCUUUGGACUGGCGCGUCUAUCAGGUGUAGUCCCACAAAAGAAAUCUGAAAAAGCCACGCCUGAAAAGACACACGAAGUCUCCCACUUUUUGCUGAAUGAACUUCCCUUGCUCUACAUAUGCACAAUGAAUAUUCAGUCGGUAAAUGAGUAUUAAUAGUUCAUGAAAUAAAAGAACAUAAAUCGAACUUUAAAAAGGUAAUAUCGCAACAUUUUGAGAUAUUUCUAAUACGUGAGCAUUAUGUGGAGGUAGUAACUGACA